AAAUAGCUCAACAAGUUGUGGCCGACAAAAUGAAAUUAUCAGAUGCGCCUAAGAAGCUAAAAUCAAAAGUGUGGCAGUAUUUUGGGUUUCGGGAUGGAAGCCCUCCCCAUAAAGCAAAUUGUAAACUGUGCUUCACGGAUGCAAACAUAACGUUGAUUUAGCAAGACUAAGAGGCUACAUUCCGCGAAUGACAUUCCGUUUCGGUGGCACCUACAAGACAGACUGUGAUCUCAGUAUAGACGAGUACAUGACAAACAGGACCACUCACGACCUCCGUCAGGGUGACUUGAGACGCUCCGUUACCAUGGUUCCACGUCUGACGGCCACGUCACAUGACCCACAGGUUCGAGACCAGCUGGACAGAUACCGGGACACACACCCUACCAGGCCUAUGCUCAUGGAGGACCGCAGACCUCUCACCGAGCCACCGUUGCCGGGUUACAACGGCUACAUUCCACGUGUGAAGCCCACAGAGUUGGGACUCGGGCAUCGGUACCAUGUGGCAUGUGACAAUGGAUUCAACGCGUUCGUUCAGGAAACUGCUCGUCACUCUUUGAACACCACGGCGGUCUUGCCAAAGGCAUUAGAACGGUUGCCAAGGGAACAGUUGCAGAGCGCCCCGGCAGCAUUUAACAGACGCCUUUACCAGAAAGAUGGAAUGGUGCCGAAAUACACAGGAUACAUCCCUCACCGCAGGUUUGUUUUUGGCAACACAUAUGGAGACACCACUCGAAGCCUCUCGAUUUGUUCCCAUGACGCACAGUCCUACGCAGAUCACGUUGCUCAAAAGUACGCAGUCAACUAGGUCACCUGUUUCUAUUUAUAGAACAUUAUGCCAAAUGCAUUACGCAGACAUGGAAAUGAGCUCAUGUAGUAACUAACGCCUCUGUAUGAUUCCCAUGGUAGUGUCUUUGAUUUCAUUAGGGCCUUUAUUUACUAAAAUUUUUAAGGAAAUCUGAACUUAAUUAGCACUGACGUGAACAUUUAUAGCUAUGUUUCUAUGUAAAAUGUAUUAAUGUAUGGGGAUAGCAAGAAUUACUUUAUAUUUAAGCAAUAUUGAGAAGUCAUGUACCACAUAAUCGCAGGGCUUACUCUGACAUUUGCCAAACUAACCAAUGGCUACAAAUAAAAUAUCCAAAAAUAAUAAGAAUUAAGACAUAAAAAAAGUAAAUUUUGCUAAAGGAAAUUUUGAGCCAGAAGGAGCUCUAAAUAGCAGGAAAGCUAAAGACUUAAAGACAAAUUUUAAAAAAUAAUGGAAUUUUAAGGUUUCUCUCAGAUGAUAUCUGAAUAGGGGCCCUGGUAAAAGCCAUGGUGGUUCAUAGGCACCAAUUAUGUACCUUAAGCCUGUUUUGAUUCAUUUGAUUGACAUAUUGUUGUUAUCUAUCAUAUGUCAUUGUUUCCAUGUAAGAAUUAGAAAUAAGCAUCGCUAUUCCUACACUUUCAUUUUUUUAUUUCUUGGAAAUGUAUAAAUCGGCCAUUUAAUAUUGGCUUUAACAUAUAUCCUUUUGACAAAAUGAUGUAAAUUGUCAGUGAUUUUCAUUCAUCUAGGCAAUGUUUAAUGUUUUUGAAUGUGAAUAAUUAUGCAUGAUUUUAGCAUGUUCAUACAAUCAAUUUUUUAAAUAUGUGCAACAAUAUACAAAAUAUUAAUAUUUAUGUAUUUAAGAUAUAAUGAUUUCACAGUAUCAAAAUUAAAAUUGAUUGAUUUUCUUCAUAACACUUACAACAUGGUUUUGAAACUCAUUUAUUUCUAAUUAGAAUGUCAUUGUCCAGAAAUACAACAAAGUGCGUCACUAUUCUUUUGUAGAUUGAUCAAUACCUUGUAUGAAAUUUUGUAACCUCGACUUUUUGGGUAUUGGUUUGAAUUAAAAAAAUUACAGUGCACCAUGGGUACAGAAGACGAUUGGUUGAAUGUUAAAUUAUAAACAGAUAUGUUAAAUAAUGUGAAUAUGCAUAAUAGUCAGGAACUUGUUGUAACUUAAUAAUGACUUUUUGGCAUUGGUUAAUAAUGAAUGAAUGGUACAAUAAAUAUCGGGUCAAGUGGUAAAGAAUGUAACCCUUUCCCACUCAGAAGCUUAGAUAAGUGAACAUGGCUAUGUGCAAACAGCAUAAAACCGGAACAGCCUGCGAGUAACUCACAUUAUGUUCAGGUUUUAUGCUGUUUGCUGCACAUCAGUAUCUAAGGGUUGGAAAUGAAACCUUUAAAAUAUGAAUAUAGUAAGAAAGGUCUUUAUUAAAUUUAACUUUCUAAGGGACUAGAAACAAGUUCAAAAACGUAUCUAAGUGGUAACGGGUUACGAGUUUGCUUGAUGAACCUAGCCAGUGGCUGAAUACUGCACUCAUUUAUAUUUUUGGGAGACAUGGCAUAAUGUGCUAAAGCAGAAUUAAUGAAUUCGGAAUAAUGCCCAUUAUUUGCUCAAUAUUCAUUUUUUUUCCUAUUUCUCUGUUAAAUAUACAUACAUAAAGAUGGAACUUCAAAAUAAAUCAUAACUUAAAGUACAUGAAUAUGUACUUGCCUAUUACAUGUAUCUGGUAUAUGUCCACGUGUAUAAGAACGUUUUAGUAAAGGUCAUCAUUCAUUGUUACGCAAUUUUAAUUUAAGGUGAUAAAUUUCUAAAGAAUUGAUAUCAAUGAACAUAUCUUUCAUCAAUUUGUACCUUUUAAAGUGAAUACUUCGGUUUUACAUAAUGUACAUAAUGGAUAGAUAAUUUCUGCUGUGUAUAGUUUUAUAGCAUGAUUAAUAAUAUAAGACUGUGAUAAUUUAUUAGCAUAAUACAAAUAGCCUACAUUUUAUUUUGGAUUGUUUCUGGGACUCUGCAUUUCUUGGUGUACCUUUUGUGAAAUAUCCGUAUGCUUCAAAUAUCCUAUUGUUAGAAAUGCAAAAUUCCUAAGUACAUAUGACCCCAUAUCUUGCGAAAAUGGUCUUUAAGACAUAUCAAAAUAGUGUACCAGUAGCUCCGGAGUAUCUGUAUGGUGUAUACUCUGGUGAGGAGGCAUAAUGUCUGCUAACGGGGCCAGGAAACUUUGUGUGACUUUAUAGCGGUCAGGGUAGCUCCUGAUCAGACUGCAUGAAGCUACAUGCUGGUCUGGAGCAACGCUGGCCCCAUAUGACAUAAGACCCAGUUUUGCACAAUGCGACUCAUUAUGUGACUAUUCACUAAAUCACCACAAGUAUUUAAGAGGAGGUAAGUGAUUUUCAUUCCUGGGCACAUAUGUAGCUGAUCAAUAAUUUUUUAUUUAAACUUUAUAAAGUUAUUUUUAUACACUUUGUAGAGCUAGUUUUUACAUAUGUGAUAUUUCUUUAUAGGAUGAACAUGUAACUUGAUGUAGUUAUUGUACACUGUUUUGUGAAAAUUGUGCUUUUUUAUUUUAUAUUUACCAGACGUUUUAAUUUUAACUGCUUCAGAGACUUUGCUUUUAUCUGUUGUAGUUUUCAAUUUUUACUAUAUAUAGUAUCAGUUCCACAAAGUACAUACAUUUACACAGUAAUGUAUACUUAUUGUGAUAGCUUCAUACACAUGCUUGCUGUUACUUAACAAUAUUUAUUAUGCAGUUAUUAUUUUGAGUGAAUUUGAUGCAAUCUAAAAGUUACUGGGUGUUAACAAAUGACUUUGAGAUCCAUAGUUCUACAUGAAUGUUUGUCCACUUAGACACUCCAUCUUAAUGAAUGUGCGUAAAGUGUCGUUUAAUCUAAACCCCAUUUUCGCAGAGCGAGGCUCGAAUAUUAUAUGGCCCUUUACUGUUUGUGUGGUUUCCUCAUUUUACCUGGUCUUUAUAAUGCCAUAAUAUGAACUACUGCAAAAACAUUUCCUCAGGAUGUUUAUAUUGUUGAUUGCAACUGUUAAGUCCUUUUUUGAAUACACAAUAUUGAAAUUGUCUUUAUGUAACUUGAUAUUAUAGACCAUCCAUUUUUUUCCCUUUUAUUUAAGUCUUUUUUAAUGACAUUGUUUGUACAAAUGCAAACUGCAUAAUUUUGAGAAACUUUUCACAAAUAGUUAUAUGUAAAAUUCAAUAAUGAUGCUGUAUUAUUUGUGAUUGACAAAAGUGGAACAUGUAUUUAUCUUAAUGAAUUUUAUUUUAAGAGUGACAGUGUUUUGUUUUGUUUUUUUUAACCAUAAUUAAAGUUAUAGAGUAAAUUUAGCAGGUUUUUGUGUGCAUGUUAACCCAAUAGUCUUAUUAAGUAUUGAUAUACUUGAUCUUGUGAUUGUUUAAUUGUUAUAAUAUUUGAUAGAGUACAUAUUAUUUA